AUCCUCGGGUGGGGGAUGGGUGAGAGUUCCCGCAAGCCGCCCCCUGAUUGGUCCGAGCGCAGAUUCGAAGUAGCAAGGCGCGCUCUGAUUGGCUGCGUGGACUCCCACGAGGGGUCGCAUGCAGAAGAUUUGCGAAAGGGUUUAUUGUUUCUUCGCUCUCGGAGCCCAAACUGUUUCUAUCCGCUCACUACUACAAUCAACCCAGGACACGGAAAAAUGGCUGGAGGCAAAGCAGGAAAGGACAGCGGCAAAGCCAAGGCCAAGGCGGUGUCCCGCUCCCAGAGGGCUGGCCUGCAGUUCCCAGUGGGCCGUAUCCACAGACACUUGAAGACUCGCACGACCAGCCACGGCCGCGUCGGAGCCACGGCGGCCGUGUACAGCGCCGCCAUCCUCGAGUACCUCACCGCCGAAGUACUAGAGUUGGCGGGAAACGCCUCCAAAGACUUGAAGGUGAAGCGUAUCACCCCUCGCCACUUGCAGCUGGCCAUCCGUGGUGACGAGGAGUUGGACUCCCUUAUCAAGGCAACGAUCGCUGGAGGAGGUGUCAUUCCCCACAUCCACAAAUCCCUCAUCGGGAAGAAGGGCCAGCAGAAGACUGCAUAGAUCCGGCGCUGAGCAGAAAUUUCGGGGGAUUGGGCUUUGAACGGACCAGGAGUUCACAGUUGUUCUUUUUUAUUAUUAUUAUAGCAAACCAAGAGUGAUUGUUAGACUUUGUGUUGUUCUAUUUUCCCAUAACUAGAAAAAGCGUACAUCCAACCCUUAACGGCAGUAAACCCUUUGUAUGUCACUGUAGAACGUUUGACUGGGGAGUUCAUGAUUCUUUGAAUUUGUUUGAUUGGCCUGGGACUCUGUAAUGUUUUAUACUGAAAAAAGAAAUUGUUAAAACCAUUUUUUAUAUAAAAAAAAAACUUGUUUUGUGGUUAUUUUCUUGAAGUUACAAUAUUUACUAUAACGUGUUUUUAAAGAAUAUGACUUUUUUGGGACUCAAACAAGGUAACAGCAGCUGGACGUGAGACGGUGCUUCUGAUUGUUCUGUUCCCUUCGGACUUACUGUAAUUUGUUCAACUGCACAAGAACGCUGAUGUAUUAAACUGACUUUUUUACACCACAAGCCAAUGUCCGAAGCUCUUCCUGUGGCGCCGGGCGGCAGUGUCUCGUGUUCAUGUUUACAGCUCUUAGCAGGAAGGAAAACAGUAAAACUUGAAAGUGUGUGUUGGUGCGGCGGGUUCGUCCCGCCGUGCGUCCACCACAUGUCACUGACAGGUAUCCUCUAGCCGGGCGGCGCUCACGCUGCAUGUCAGCCUCACCAGUUGUUACCUUUUCUCAGCAGGAGUGUGUGACGUGUCCCUGCAGAAACAUCCAGACGUGUUUGAGCCUUUUUUGAAAGCUGUUGUGUUCAGGGAAAUGGCUUUGCGUAUUUUAUCUUUGAAUAAAUAACCUUGGCACGAUC